AACACACAAACGCGGCAUAUUGGCAUUAAUCGCGCUUUUAGAUGCUGGGAAAUUUUGCGUAAGCCUCAUUUACUGUUUUAUACACACCGAAAACCCGCUGGUGGAUAAAAAAUGUUGAUGUUUUUAUAGUUAUGUGUCAAUAUUGCGCGUAAACACGUGGUUACGCCCAAUAGGAAGCCGGCAAAAAAUCACAAACGCAGAAAUAAUCCACCGAACAGACACGCGGACGUGCACGAUGCUUCUCGGUGUGUAUUUACGACAAAACACAUUUUUCCCACGCUCGUGUAUCGACCAGUGCACGAUGUUUUAAACUCCGCUGAGAUAUGUCCCUUGCAGGACCUUCGGCAAUCCAUUCAAGCCAGCAAGUUUGGAGAGCGUGUUGAGUUUAAUCAAUUCAUAACGUCGAGAUGGAGCCGAACUCACUGAAGUGGGUGGGCUCGUCUUGCGGCUUACAUGGACCAUAUAUAUUCUAUAAAGCCUUUAAAUUUCACCGGGAAGGCAAACCGAGGAUUCUGUCUCUCGGAGACUUUUUCUUCGUCAGAUGUAAACCGGAGGAUCCUAUUUGCAUAGCGGAGCUUCAGCUGCUCUGGGAAGAAAGAACAAGCAAGCAACUUUUAUCAAGCUCCAAACUUUAUUUUCUACCCGAGGAUACUCCCCAGGGACGGACAGUCACCCACGGAGAGCAUGAGGUAAUUGCAGUGUCUGAGAAGGUGAUUGUACGACUAGACGACCUGGUGAAGUGGACUGUACCAGACUUCUCAGGAUGGGCCCACUGUCUGAAGGCCGAGCCUCUCAAGCAGUCCGUGCUCCGGGAGCUGGGGACCAACGGGAGGCGGGAGGCCCUCCACCGCUACCGAGAGAGCACCCUGACCAGCGGACUCAACUUCAAGGAUGUCCAGAGGGAGAGAGCGCACCUAGGCCAGGAAGAGGACGGGCGGAAGGUUUUGGUCCUCAGUUACCCCCAGUAUUGCCGCUACCGCUCAGUGUUGGUGCGGCUCAGAGAGCAGCCGUCCUCUCUGCUCAUAGACCACACAGUGCUGGCGCUGGGCGGCAUCGCUGCGUUGGGCGGGAGCACGAGGAUCCUGUACUGCCGCGACACCUUUGAACACCCCACCCUCCUGCAGAACGAGAGCAUCUGUGACGAGUUUGCUCCCAACCUGAAGGGGCGACCUCGGAAAAAGAAGCUAUCCAUCUCUCAGAGGAGGGACUGCCAGGGUCACGCUCAGGGUCAAGGGUCAUCGGGGUUAACCCAGGGGUCAACAGCAGUGGCAGCACAUGACCCCUGCAGCCCAGAGAGCAAAACUACAACCAAGGUCAAACCCAGCUGUAAAACGGUACCCAACGGAAAAAUAACCCCGGCAGCCAAACACAAGGCCAACGGCCUCAAUAAGAAAUCGUCAGCUGAGGAGAAGGAGCGAGGGAAGGAUAAGGAAAAGGAAAAGGAGGAGAGGAAUGAGAAGGAGGAGAAGAAAGAGGAGGAAACAUCAGAAGAGAGUCGAGCAGAGGAGCAGGCUUUCUUAGUAGAGCUCUACAAGUACAUGAAAGACAGAGACACGCCCAUAGAGAGGAUCCCCUUCCUCGGCUUCAAACAGAUCAACCUUUGGACCAUGUUUCAAGCUGCUCAGAAACUCGGAGGAUAUGAGUUGAUCACCGUCCGCAGACAGUGGAAGCACGUAUAUGAUGAAUUGGGUGGGAACCCCAGCAGCACAAGUGCCGCCACGUGUACGCGGAGACACUACGAGAGGCUCCUCCUCCCCUACGAGAGGCACAUUAAAGGCGAGACGGACAAACCCCUCCCCUUGGCCAAACCCAGGAAGCAGGAGGGCAGCCAGGAGAAGCCUUCUUCAGGACCCAAAGCCAAAGGAGUGGGGGCCAAGAAAUUGAAAGGCCCCAACACUCCCAAGCCAGAGAGCAGAAAGGACAGAGGGGAGAUGGUGAAAGGCCAAGAACAAUCACAGGACUCCAUUGGGCAAGAGGAGCAGCCUGAAGUCAUCAAACAGGAGGUAUCUCUGUCAGAUGAGCCAAUUGUAAUCGAGGAAGAAGAGCUACAUGUUACCCUGAAAAAAGAGGAGUCUUUGGUGGUGGAGCAGCCAUCGUCACUUCGCCCCAAAGAGCCAGACUGCAGAGCCCCACAUGUCGGCCUUCCCCUGCACGCAGGGCCCCCUCCCCAGCCUGAAUGGAGGCAAAUCAGAGAGGCCCUCCAAGCAAAAGUCUCCUGUGAACAGCAAACUGAAGCGCAUUUCAUUCCUAAAAGCCCCUACCUGCCUCAUCGCUGGGAUCAGAACAAACCUCCUGGACUCGUUGCUCUGCCUGAACCCUCCUCCAGGGUCAAAGACUCCAUAGAAGGCCAUGGUGGGAGAGUGGGGAAGGUUCUACCAAUGUGUAAGCAGGAAGAUAGGGAGUGUAUAGACUUGAGCACAGAUUCCUACCCAGAGAAAGAAGAUUAUGGGGUCAUUAAGAAGGAGUCGACCCAGGGCGCUGCACAGACUGCUGCCUACUGCAAAGUCAGCCAGGGGGUCAUGUCUCCUUUAGCCAAAAAGAAGCUUCUCUCGCAGGUGUGCGAGUCCAACCCUUACUCCUUCACUUCUUCUCUACAGCCUCCACUUCCCACGGCUGUUUCUUCUCAUCCUGUCAUAUCAGUGGCUGAAAGGGAGAAGGAGAAGAGGAAGGGUGAGGAAGAGGUGGUAGGACAGAGGCAUGGGUCAGACAUCCCGGAGGUAGCGCCCAUAUUCAGGCCAUCAGUCAUCCAGCACGCCCAGAGCAGCAAGCCUCAUCAACAAGCUGCGAGGGGCCCAUCAGAGAGGAGCGCUGCAGGAGAGCUUUCAGAGACGUACAGGACGAGCCAUCACCUCCAGCCUCAAGUCAGUGCACCAUGGCAGCCCUAUCUGCCCCGAAGUCAUGCCCAGGAAGGUGUGGAGAACACCGGAGAGUCGCUACUCCACGGUCCGACUACUCAGUCCCGGAGCUAUGCGGGCGACUGCUACUCCUCCCCUCACCUCCACAGUCUGUACAGGCAAACUGAGAGCUGCCUGAGCCAGGAGAGGAUGGCCGGCUUCCCCAACGGAGAGCGGAGAGAGCACUACAGCAGGGAGCGUGAAGGCAGCCAGGGCUUUGUCUGUGGCGGCCUGGAGCAAGAAGGCUUGGCCUACAGAUACAGUGACAGGACUCAAACACACGCAGAGAGGAGGGAGGCUGAAGAUGAGCCCAGAGACUUCACAAUCUCCAAACCUCUCUCUCAGAGGGUGUCCUCCUUCUCCAAGCCCUCCUUCUGCAAUCUCCCAUAUCCCAUCUUGCACCAGGGAUUGGAUUCCCACCCCAAGGCAUGCCGAGUUCCUCCCAUGACCGUCUCUCCCUCCAAACAGAGCCCAGCAGAGUCAUCGCAGCCAUUUCCCAGCCCGAAAGCUUCGACUGAUUCAUCCCUCACCAGCCCAAUUCGAGCCAGUAAGCGGAGCCUAGCAGAACCAGAGGGUGAUGAGGUCCCAGAGAGGAAAGUCCGUGUAGUGACGCCCAUCCACCCUGCCGGCGCAAUCCGACGCAGCGACCCAGAGGAGCUAAAACCAGCUGAGCCGGCUCACGCGGUUCACCUCAACAACCAUCUCCCCGAGGGCCACCCAACAACUGCCUACCAUGCAGCAUCCUUCUAUCCUGGCAUGUACCCGCAUGGCAGCCUGGUCUCGCCAGGAGCCCAGGAUGGGCUGCAGCAGCACCCGGGCCUGCAGUACCUGAAGAGCCAGUCGGCAGUGUCUCCUCUAGUGCCCCCGUUAGCCUUCCACUCCAUGAUGCUCCACAGGCAGCUGCUGGCCUCCAGCCCCAGCCCACACCACUUCUACAGGCAUCCAGGCGGGGCAGCACUGUACGGGGACCUACUGCACCACCUGUACCCUCUGUCCACCCUCCCACCACCUCAGCUGUCCUCGGUACACCCCAGCACCAGACUGUGACUGUAACUUCUUCAUCCUCAGACUCAUUUUCUCAGCUUCUCUUUCGGUCUCUCUUGCUCGGGGAUUGUGGCUCAGUCGAAAGAAAACACUGAUUAUAAACUUUGACUGAUUACAGACUGAUAAACUCAUCGGAGUGAAAAAAUUCCAUUCUCUCUCUCUCUUUUUUUUUUUAUCCGUGUAUGCAUUUGUUUAUAUACUUUGCACUGUUGUUCAUUUUUAUCACCACUUACUGUAUCUUUUAUGUCGUUGUUGUAUCCUUAUUUGCACAAUGCUCGUGUGUAUGUGCUCACAAAUCAGUUUGCCGCUCUCAGUCACCAUGCGUCAGGUUGUUGCUCUGGGAUGUGUGAAAAGUGGAGGGCAACAGAGAAAAGCCAUUUGUUUACUGCGUCUGAGGGCUAAACUUUUUUGCUUGAAAACACUAAAAGUAACAUGACAACGUAAAUGAAAUCCUUUAUAUAACCAGGAGUGCUGUUCAUCAUCGCAAACAGCUGUUUAGCACAUUAUUACAGUUUAGGCAGCCAGUUGCGUGUUGCAUCUGUUUACAUGUCUCCACGCUGAAAAGCUGCUGCCCGUUUGUGCCACAGUAAAUCCACCUGGACGUUUUUCACUCACCGCGGUGCUGCAGAACAUGAAGUUAGUUUCGUCGUAACAUUCAGAGGUGCUGUGUAUAACAGAUGUACUGUAGACUCACAUUUUACUCACUUCAGGUUUUAUAGUAUUUUAGUUAAGAUCAUACAACACAAUCAAGUUGUCGUGUUCAAUCUGUUGACAAAUCAUGAAUGUUUUUUUUUUUUUUAGUUAGCCUUUUAAAUUUAUUUUACUUUCCAAACUGAAAGUAACUUUAGCCCCCGAAACCCGUUUGUGAUGAGUAGACUGUAGCAGCUUGUUUUUGUCUGCAGGACCAGCAUAAUGAAGCAGCCGUCUGCUGCGGAAUGCUCACCACAAGAAAUCAGCAUUUCAUCUGUUUUGUUCUUGACUUGAAAAGCUCUUUUUUUAUAUGUUGAUGAACAGACUCUUUUAUUCAACACGCUGAAAAGACUCACUGUAUGAUUUGAUAGGAAUGUCGUCACUUAGGAUAUUAUUGCUUUGCAAAUAUCUGUGCCUUUCGCAGUCUUGGAUUUAGAGUUAGCACUACAGUUGUUAAGGUUUAUCUUCUGUAGCAGGGUAGGAAUAUCAAUAAUUACUGUCACUCUUGUCUGACAUGCAGCACACUCAUACGAACUCGGCACACUUGGCUAUCAGACACCAGACUUGAUAGAUAAGAAAAAAAUAAAUUUAAACAUUUAUGCCUCAAACUGUUGGUUAGUAUCUGUGCUUAAAUAAAUCUGUUUACUUAGCUUAACUGUGUCAGCCAAUUGAUUAUAGACAAAAAGAUUUACUGAUAGUAGAUAUUGACACAGGUCUGGUGUCUGUCAUCCGCAGGGCGUGUGUGCUCUGUGUUUUCUAACAGUGAUGAAAAGGUACCAGACUCCAAAAAGUAUGCCUGCCGUGCUCCGUAGCCUGAGGUGUAAAGACAACACCUGCUCUGGCUUUCACAACCACUAUAAUUGCAAUCCAGGAUAGUCGAAAUACACAGUCAACACGUCUGGUGUUUCAGAAGAAGAAAAAAGCUGUAAACGUUUAUGUGUAGUUUUACUGAAUACUUAGAUUUAAAAAAAACUUCAUUUCUGAUUAAGUACUGUACAUUGCUGUGUGUAGGUAAAACUGGCAUUAGUGCUGGCUCCUGUACAGAACAUUCAUAUGGGAUCAAUUCAUGACAACCCCCUCUCUCUCUCGUCUUAUUUUCACUGUAAAUAGCACUGUAGAUAGUACCGCGUGGUUGUUAUCAUAUAAACUGUUAUAAUCUGUAAAUAGUAUAAAAAAAAACAGUAUAAAAGACGGUUACACAAUCGAGGCGUGUCCUUGCUUGCUCUGUUUCAAGGUCACCGUGAUCAUGUUAGAUUAAAACGAACACUACAAUUUAAGAAUUAGGAUACUCUUUUUAUUUGUUGUCCUUUCACUUUCUUUUUCCAUGUCGUUUCCAUUAAUGUGCAUCCUGAAAGUGUUUUUGAUACAGUAGCCAUCUGUUUACCAAUCACCCAGCUGGCAAGCAAGACAAAAAAUAAAGACAUUUUGUAUGAUAUGACCUCCUGUAUAUUUAAUUAAAAUAUUUUACUAUCUA